UGUUACAUUGUAAAAAAACAACUAACAGGGGAUUUAUGUGGAAACAUGGACCACACCUAGACAUAAGAAACCAUGGAAACGUGUUGUUAAUUAAUCCAACAAAAUAAAACGAGGUACCAGAAGAAGCUCCUGCUCUGUUUCAUAAUGAUGCGUUCAGGCUCUGUCCAACCAAAAUGAGUGAAGUGAGCAAAGCCAUUUAAUGACGUGAUCAUCAAGUGUCCACUCUUGAUCUCAUGAUCUGCAAUGUUGGCAAAAAACUUGAAUUACUUGGGCAACUGUGAGUGAGCGGGUCGUCCUUCGAGGAAAGGAUUGGCGCUUGGAUCCCCCCCCCCAAACCCCUACAGAUAAUCCCGUGUCCUUGGGCAAGUCCCUUAACACCAACACGGCCGAUGUUACUUACUGAUGGUGUGUAACUCCUGUAACUUCAGUGUAGCAAUGGGAGCUGUUUACACUGGACUAAUCCAUCAUUAAAAACUUUGAAUGUUGAAAAAGCACAUGUGACAAAGUUAAAGGAUAACAAUUAUUCAUGGUUUACUGAACAAGUUAUUUGCCAUAGUGAAAAAAAAGUCUUGAUUAGUGGACUAGCUGCUAAAAUGAAACAUCAAAAAGAUCUGCCAAUAUGCAUCAUCAAUAAUUGGCAGCUAGUAACAGAAGUUAUAUUUGUGCUGAUCCGAUUCAAACCUGCAGUUUUCACACAUCUGCUCAAUGAAUGUGGGGAAGAAAAUAUAAAAACGCAGUUCGACAUCACCACAAACUGCAUAUGUUGUUGAAUCAAAACCUGAGCAUGACAACACGGUCACCAGGGUAGACUUGACUUCAACACGGAUUAAUUGGACAACACUAGAAAGGUAAACUGAGUGUAAGCUCUCCACAUAAUAACCCCAAACGACUUGUUCACCUGAGCUAGCACAAGCUAACAAGAUAAGAGGGGAUAAGGAUUUUGGGUUUCACUGAAAGACAUCUUAUGGACCCGAGCACGAGAUCAGCCCUUUUUCCAGCAGCUCUGUCGCUGGCAAGAAAGAAAUGAAGCAAAAAAUUGUUCAAAUCCAAAAACCAGAUGGAUCAUCUUGUUUUUGUUUCUGAAAAUGAAUUCUCUUGCUUUGAAUAUAAAACGGGAUGGUAUGAGCUUGAAAUUACAACUUUUACGUCACUUUGGCGCACAUUUGACACUGCCCAUAAAUUAUUUAGUGAAGGAAGAGGCCUCUUUGCAUUUUCAAGUGCUGAAGUGUGAACAUCUGGUCUUCAGGCUCUGCACAUUCAGUGAAUUAUGCCGAUGAGGCUUAGAUAAGGCGGUGUGACUAAUGAGGGUUCAUCUCACUCCUGCAGAACACCCUACUGUCUUUCUAGUAAUUACAAUAUUUGUCUGGUAAUAAAAACGUAAAGAAGACAUGGACCCCUCUCAAAGAAACAAAUUCCAGACUGUCGCAGAACAACAAAAAAUAUUUCUCAGAUUCUCAGUAUUUGGCAGAAUGUGGCUCAUCCGUUUGGCUUAAUGUCCUUAAACAGCGACGCGUUCACACAUGCAGCAACCCCUGAAUAAUAAAUGUGUCCAACAACACAUUAUGUAAAUGCCUCGAAAUCUGAAUAAUUCAAAGGUUUUCUUCCGUAAAACUUUUAAUAAGUGUAUAUUCUCUGUUUCUAGCUUCUUUGGUUAUCUUUCUGUCCUGCAAUCUUGGUGUAAACAAGUUCACAAUCUCAAUGAUAAUCAACUAGUUAAAGUUUGUCACUUUAACUCAAUAUGGCAACAUCAUUUAGAUAAUCAAGUCGUAAUCUUUUUCCAACGUGGCUUUGUCAUGCUCCGUCAAAAUUCAUUCCAUUAAAACCUCAAACAUGACUACUGUAUCAAACAGUUUUGUGUUUCUGUGCUGUUCCUUGGAUUCAGGUGAGGAAGAGUCAAUGGCAUUUGAGGUGGCUGAAGAGUUUCUAGAGUGUUUCCGUUGUGACUUGGGCUUCUGGGAUGCCUGCUAUACCACCCAAAUCAACUGCAGCGUCGGCGAGCGCUGCUACACGGGCCGAGGGAAGGCAGUGGACACCCUGGACGUUAAGACUUUGGGAUGUGUUAAGGCGGACGAGUGCGACGUGGAGACCACCGUGGAGCUGUUCCAUAACAGCACCAUCUUUGUCAUGACCAAAAAGUGCUGCGACACCCCCUUCUGCAACUCAGCGCACAAACUUCCAAUCGCCGCACUUUUGUAUCUCACAGUGUCUCUCCUGACUCUCUGAGGCCUUCACAGAAUGACAGUAAACAAGCUGCAUUUAUUCAUGUUGUCCCAAGCUUUACAGAAUUUUGAUAACUGAACAAAAAAAUACUACUUUGGCAAUAACAAUUAUUUUAGAAAGAGAACAUUUCUGUGCACCAUAUUUACUGUGAAAAACUGAAAAACCAAUGCAAUAUAAUAAAGGCUUCAGUGAUAAUAUAA